AAGCAACAUAAGGUCGAAGAACUCUUAUCAUUCACCUUUUCCCUUUAGUACUUUCUCUGUAGGGUUUUAUUCAUCUUCGAUUGUACGAAAAAUUACCAGCUCCUUGAAUCGAUUCCGGAAAAAUGGAAAAUGGAGGAGAUACUUUGGAGGCGAAAAUCGAGAUGCUGCUGAACGUUGAGAAGCAGAUGAGGCAGGUGGGUGACGUUGCAGGCACGCGGAAGGCCGUCAUCGAUAUUCUGAAGCUCUGCAUCGAGGCCGGCGCGUGGAAGACACUUAAUGAACAGAUUGUGCUCAUCUCCAAGCGGCGUGGCCAGUUAAAACAGGCUGUACAAUCCAUGGUUCAACAAGCAAUGCUUUACAUUGAUCAGACUCCAGAUCUUGAUACUAAAAUAGAGCUUAUCAAAACACUUAACAAUGUGUCAGCUGGAAAGAUCUAUGUGGAGAUCGAGAGGGCUCGUCUUGUUAGGAAACUUGCAAAGAUUAAGGAAGAACAAGGUCAAAUAGCAGAGGCUGCUGAGUUGAUGCAAGAGAUUGCGGUGGAAACAUUUGGCGCGAUGGCAAAAACUGAGAAAAUAGCAUUCAUACUUGAGCAAGUCCGGUUGUGUUUAGAUCGGCAGGACUAUGUCCGUGCACAAAUACUCUCAAGGAAAAUUAGUCCUAGAGUGUUUGAAGCUGAUGCAUCAAAAGAAAAAAAGAAGCCUAAAGAAGGUGAAAGCAUUGUUGAAGAACCUGCUGCUGAUAUUCCUUCACUGUUGGAGUUGAAAAAGAUCUACUACCAGUUAAUGAUUCGGUACUACUCACAUAACAAUGAUUACCUUGAAAUAUGCCGUUGUUACAAGUCAAUAUAUGAGAUUCCCUCUGUGAAAGAAGACCCUGCCCAGUGGAUACCGGUGUUGAGAAAAAUAUGUUGGUAUCUGGCCCUGUCCCCUCAUGAUCCUAUGCAGUCUAGCCUUCUUAAUUCAACCUUGGAGGAUAAGAACCUCUCAGAAAUUUCUCAUUUCAGGUCGCUGUUGAAACAACUAGUUACUAUGGAGGUUAUUCAGUGGACAUCUCUGUGGGGCACAUUCAAAGAUGAGUUUGAGAGUGAAAAGAACAUGGUUGGUGGUUCUUUAGGUGAAAAGGCAGCUGAAGAUCUGAAACUCAGAGUAAUAGAACAUAAUAUCCUUGUUGUCUCAAAAUACUAUUCACGGAUUACCUUGAAGAGACUUGCUGAUCUGCUAUGCCUUACAGUCCAGGAAGCCGAAAAACAUCUCUCGGACAUGGUUGUCUCAAAAGCAUUGGUGGCGAAGAUUGAUAGGCCUGUGGGGGUGAUCAAUUUCCAAUCGGCCAAGGACAGCAAUGACAUUUUAAAUUCAUGGGCAAUGAACUUGGAGAAGCUUCUCGACCUAGUCGAGAAGAGUUGCCACCAAAUACACAAGGAGACAAUGGUCCACAAAGCUGUGCUUAGAGAAGCACUUCAGCAUUUGUGCUCUGUUCCAAUGGCUAAAGGCAGGAUGAACAUUCUUCGCUAUUGUGGGCCCCGACUUUCGGAAUAUAUUUGGCACUCGACGUUUCAUAUGGUUCCAUGUCCUGUCCCUUUCUAAUGUUUUCGUUUUUGUCGUUUUUCAUGUGGUUUUUAUUCAGACAGUUCAAACAUGCAAAAUAUAAUUUCUCUGAGAAAUGAAUGGAUUUGUCAUUUGUGCUCUGUGAGCAAAUUCUGUCCAGAGUUUUUUUAUGUGACCAGAAAAGUGUGCCAUUAGUUUCACUUUUUGAACAUUGUGAUUAUCGUGCAUUUCUUGGUUGUACGUGGUUCGUUGAACUUUCGUGACUACAGACUUGGGCAGUUAAUUUACUUGGACCUUUAUGACUUUGCUGCCCAUUUGUUUCUAGAAUAUUCAUUUGCUUCUAUGAGAAAUCUAUGGGCUGGUGGCGGCGGGACAAAAUGUGUGUUCAGCAAGUAAUUAUGCAUUUUUUA